UGAACUUGUCAUUUAUGGGAAGCGUAGUUUUCACUGCUGGCGUUAUUACAACAUCUGGCGUUUUGAGAUGCAGUCAGCCGGUGUAACGUUACCUACAUGCCGAGCCGCAUUCCGGGAUGAAAGAGUGGAGUAAAAGUGCUUUAAUCCAAAGUGGACCGCCAAAUGAUAUUAGUGAGUGCACAGGCCCUCACAACAAGCUGACAGACCUGAAUGCAGCUGUGAAAAAGAGUUUUCAUAACUUCAGAUCACGGAUCCAGGAUUUAGAGCAGAUGGCGAUGGAGCAGGACAAAGAGUCAGACAAGCAAGCUUUGAUCAGUCAGGUAGAGGGACACAGAAAACAGAUGCUGAGUAACCAGACAGCUUGGAGGAAAGCCAACCUGGCCUGCAAACUGUCCAUAGACAAUAUGGAAAAGCAGGCACUUCUUAGUGGAGCCGAUAGCGCUGUGAGACAGAGGAAAAUAACCAAAGAGGGCCUGGCUCAGACAACCAGUGACAUUACAGAAAAUCUAAUGAGCGUCAGCCGGAUGAUGGCCCAGCAGGUUCAGCAGAGCGAGGAGACUACAACGUCACUAGCAACCUCCUCAAGGACAAUCCAAGAAACCAAUGAGGAAUUUAAGACGAUGACAGGGACCAUCCAGCUCGGGAGGAAACUUAUUACCAAGUACAACCGCAGGGAACUCACUGAUAAACUGCUCAUCUUCUUGGCGCUCGCCCUCUUCCUCGCUACAGUUCUCUAUAUCCUCAAGAAAAGACUGUUCCCCUUCUUGUAGGUACCUCUGAAGAAGCUCUCACAUAACCACAUACAGUACUCUCCAUAGUCAGUGCACAUGAUUUAAAACAGCUCUGACUACUGCUUCAUAUUACACACUCAUCAUACAUUAGUGGCCGUUCACUUGGCUGAACUGUGACAAAGCUGAGGCAGAAAUAUCGAAGAUGAACCUUCACACUAACAUCUAGAUUUUGGUCUAUGUACUUUUAAUCACACAAAGCAAAUAAUUCAUUAAAGACAGUGUACUUGUCAGUGGCACAAAUUGUGUCAGGUGUCUCUGUCUUUCACUAGCAUUAGUAAUGCCAUGAAUUGUUUGGUUAAACUCAUAUUAAAGGAAGGACGACCCAUAGAAAACUUUUCUUUUACACAUUCCUGUGAAGGGUCUAGUACAGUUUUUUCUUCCAUAUUUAUCAGAUGUGCACACACAAUGGAGUCAGUUUAAGAUUUUAAAAAUAAGGAAAAUGAUGUACUAAUAAAUCAGUGUAUGUCUGAGCACAAAACAAGAACCACCUUUCCUCCUCGGCAGCAAACUGUUGUUUGCAUGAAGACAAUAUUGCCAAAUACAAUGCUUAGUGUGAUUGUGGUUGGAAACUGUGUGUGUAACACAGAGAAGGCUCUUAUAUUCCUCAGUAACUUGUUUUCACCAAACCAUUAUAGUUUUUAUAUAGUCACUGUGCAAGUCAUGUUUUUAUGAAUAUGAAGAUUUUUGUUAUUUAUAAUAUUUGUAUAAUUACUGUAGGUUAUAAUGAGAACAGAAACACUGAAAUGAGUUUUUUCUUUCAGUAUGACUGAACCCUCACUCUUUCACUAACCCAGUAAUCAGAAUGGUACCAUGUGCAUUUCAGAUUGUGCCUAUUAUUAUUAUUAUUUUUUUAGAUGUCCUGUAAACUAAAAAAAAACUGAUUCAAAGUAAGUGCGUGUUAACUUGGCCCUGGCCUGCAGCAGAGCAGAAAAGAUCAGAAAAGCAGUGGCAGUGAUCACACUGGUCGAGAUAGAGCAGCAUGCAUCUCUGCCUUUCUUCAGAUAAGACCCGGAAAAGCAGAUUAUUCCAAACCGUAUCCCUCUCCCUUUCCAGCGUGUGUGGGGGGCGAGGGGGGAUAUUUUUAGGUUUGUGUGGCGCUGUUAUCUGACGGUGCCUUUUCAACACCUCACAGGAGAGGGUGGCCAGGGGAGCUACAUGACCUUGCUCCCCUUUAUGCCAUUGCCUGGCACUGCUGUUUUGUUUAUUUAAUGCAACUGUUGUC